GGCCACCUUCUCUAUCCUCUUUCUCUAAUGGCGACGGCGGCAGUGGCAGAGCCCCGAAAAGUCCCGCGACCCGGUCGCGGCGGCGUAAUCUCACACAACUUAACAGAAGAAGAAGCUCGGGUAAAAGCCAUAGCCGAAAUAGUAUCCAACAUGGUAGACCUUUCACGCAAGGGCGAAAAUGUAGACUUAAACGCAUUAAAAUCCGCCGCUUGCCGGAAAUACGGGCUUUCUAGGGCUCCGAAGCUCGUAGAAAUGAUCGCUGCUCUUCCGGAAUCUGAGCGCGACUCUCUUCUCCCUAAACUCCGCGCUAAACCAGUUCGUACGGCGUCCGGAAUUGCUGUCGUGGCGGUUAUGUCGAAACCUCAUCGGUGUCCUCAUAUUGCUACAACGGGGAAUAUAUGUGUUUAUUGUCCCGGUGGACCGGAUUCUGAUUUUGAAUAUAGUACUCAGUCUUAUACUGGAUAUGAGCCUACUAGCAUGCGUGCAAUUCGAGCUAGGUAUAACCCCUAUGUGCAAGCUAGAAGUAGGAUAGAUCAACUGAAGAGGUUAGGUCAUAGUGUUGAUAAGGUUGAGUUUAUCUUGAUGGGAGGAACUUUUAUGUCCUUGCCAUCUGAUUAUCGUGAUUAUUUUAUCCGGAAUCUUCAUGAUGCUCUAUCAGGACAUACUUCUGCAAAUGUUGAAGAAGCAGUUGCUUAUUCUGAACACAGUGCUGUAAAAUGCAUUGGAAUGACUAUCGAAACGCGGCCAGACUAUUGCCUUGGGCCUCAUCUUAGGCAAAUGCUUUCAUAUGGCUGCACACGGUUGGAGAUUGGAGUUCAGAGCACAUAUGAAGAUGUAGCACGUGAUACAAAUAGAGGUCACACAGUGGCAGCUGUUGCUGAUUGCUUUUCCUUAGCAAAAGAUGCUGGAUUUAAGGUAGUUGCUCAUAUGAUGCCUGAUCUCCCAAAUGUUGGGGUUGAAAGAGACAUGGAGAGUUUUAAGGAGUUUUUUGAGAGCCCAUUGUUUAGGGCUGAUGGUCUCAAAAUAUACCCUACACUUGUUAUUCGUGGUACUGGACUUUAUGAACUCUGGAAAACUGGCAGGUAUAGGAAUUAUCCACCUGAGCAGCUUGUUGACAUUGUAGCUAGGAUCUUGGCAAUGGUUCCCCCAUGGACACGUGUCUAUAGAGUACAGCGUGAUAUCCCUAUGCCUCUGGUGACUUCUGGGGUUGAGAAAGGGAAUCUGCGGGAGCUAGCAUUGGCUCGGAUGGAAGAUUUGGGCUUGAAAUGUCGAGAUGUUCGAACACGUGAAGCUGGAAUCCAAGACAUUCACAACAAAAUAAAGCCGGAAGAAGUUGAGCUUGUUCGCCGUGAUUAUACUGCAAAUGAGGGCUGGGAAACUUUCCUUUCAUAUGAGGAUACACGCCAGGAUAUUCUUGUUGGGCUAUUGCGCCUGAGGAAAUGUGGGCGCAACGUCACUUGCCCUGAACUCACAGGAAAAUGUUCUAUCGUUCGGGAACUCCAUGUCUAUGGAACAGCAGUUCCUGUCCAUGGGCGCGAUGCUGAUAAAUUGCAACAUCAAGGUUAUGGUACACUGCUAAUGGAGGAAGCGGAACGAAUUGCUCUUAGAGAGCAUAGGUCAAAAAAGAUAGCUGUCAUUUCAGGGGUAGGGACCCGUCAUUACUACAGAAAGUUGGGCUACGAGCUAGAAGGUCCUUACAUGGUGAAGUACCUCGCAUAAGAAGGCUUGCAAGCAACCGCCCAUGGAAUUGCCUGGUUUACUGUCCAGUGCUACUUGCAUUUUUUAUCAAGUACCAGUGUCGGAAGACGAGCAUGGCAUGGAACCACACGGAUCUUUUUCUAGUUGUUGUAGUUGGGGCUUACUAACCUUACAUAAAUUAUCGUGCGUACAGUGUAUGUUGGUGUUGAGUUUGCUUAAACCUUUCUUAGUUUUCAGUUUUAGCAUGUACAUCUGUAUUGACAAUUCAGUUUAACACGCAUAUGGCUAGCAUGAGCCAUGAGGUUUUGCGAGGACACGAAAUUUGCAUUUUU